CAAAGAGGUACCAAUUUUUCUUCAGAAAAUUUUCAGUUUUAGAAAAUCACUCUGCCGAGGUAUUUUGAAACUGAUAUCUUCAAUUGGACUACUGCUUCCAGAUACCAAGAAGAAGAUAACCAAACUUCAUCAAUGGAAGGGAAAAUAAAAGAAGAACCUGGCACACCACCACUCACAGGCAGUUUCAACAGGAAUUCGAAAUGUCAAUCAUCUGAGAGGUCGCAUAACCUUUCGAAAGUGCGCAGACUUUUACACACCUUAAUACAACAUGGAGAAGAAAUGGGCUGUUCUGUUGGAGAUAAAGUGAAGAAUUCCAUUUUAGCAUUGAUAGAAGGUACUAUAACCGUUGAAGAAUUUCAGACGAUUCUGUUGGAGAUUACUAGCUGCCCUUUAAGACCAUUUGUGGUACCCUAUUUACAGACCAACCUUUCUAUACUUCAGAAGGAUGUAAAUGAAAAAACUGGUCUGAUUAAACAGGGCAUAUUGGACUACUUAACCUCCUGUGACACUCCCAAACUCGAGCGAGGAACGCCUUUUGUCACAGAAGUCUUUGCCAAGAAAAGAAUCCACGAAAGGUUGUUAUUUACAGAUUUAAUUUAUGUUUCUCCUUUAGCCUAUAUGAGGAUGAUACUGUACCCAUCAAAAGACCUUUAUUGGUAUCAGUUCAUCCGAUUUCAAUGUCUUCAGAAUCAGGUUUCGGAACGGAAGAACAGUGGAAGAAUAUCCACGUGAUGCUCAAUUGUAUUUUAUCAAUGGUAGAGAAAACGAAGCAAGCCUUAGCUCUUUUGCAACAUGGGCCCAGAGCUGCUUGUGAGGACGAAAUGUUAGCUCAUACUGUGCGAGUCACCGAAGAGAGGAUAACCCAGAUUCGUAAAAAAGCAGAAGAUGCAAUAACAGAAAUCAAGAAGAAAGCACAACAGGAACUGGAAAAAGCUACAGCAGGGCUAAAGGUCCCGAGACACAGGAGCUAUUCUGAUAUCUUCUGAGAAAAAAAUCUUUAUUUAAGUUUUCCUAUGUAUUGUGAUGUAGAUGUUAUUUAUUUAAUUAUAUUAAUGAGUCAAUAAUAA